CCCUUGAGCCCCGUCUCCUGUCAAACAGCUUCAUUGUUCUGCAAACGACUCGGAUCCAUUGUCCGAAAUACCUCAGCUGGAAUUGGGAAUCGAGUUCGGUCACCCUGGAGAUCUAUACGCCUUACUGCCGCCGCUGGUGUCAUUGACCCUGCCCCUACCACCCACAACCAUGGCAGACGGAAGACACCACCAUUACAACCAGGCGACGAAUCCUGAGAACUUCGAUGCCGGCGAACUUACAAAUGCCUUUGAACAAUUGAUGCGCAACAAGCGAUUUAAUCAACUUCAAGAACAAGCCCGAUCGCAAUCUCGCACGCAAUCACCCUCUCCCGGCCUCUACCCUCCUCCUCAUCCCUCGCGAGCACCACCACCGCCGCCCCCGACCGCACCUCAGUACCCGGCCCACCAAAUGCCUCCGCAAACAUCGUCACAGUCACCCCUACUUCGCAGCUUACCAAUCGUCCCUGCUCCUCCUCAAGAUCCAGUCUCCCUCAAAUUUCGCAACCUCCUCCACGUUCUCUCCGUGACACCAACCAAAUACGAAAAUCCAGGUCUCCUCGAUGAGGCGCUCUCCCACAUUCCUCUCGAUCGAUUGUAUGCUGAAGCAGAGGAGGAGAGUCAAAUUUUGCAGGCCCAGGCAGCUAGUGUAGGGGAACGACCAGAAUGGGGGUAUCAAGAUUGUGUCAUUCGGGCGUUGUUAAGAUGGUUCAAACGUUCCUUCUUUCAAUUCGUCAACAACCCCCCUUGUACUCGCUGUUCCAUGCCUACAAUUGCACAAGGCAUGACUCCUCCUACGCCCGAUGAAACCGCACGGGGCGGCACUCGAGUCGAACUCUACCGAUGCUCGGAACCCAGCUGCGGCGCUUAUGAGCGCUUCCCCCGGUACUCAGACGUAUGGCAGUUGCUGCAGACGAGGCGGGGACGUGCAGGCGAGUGGGCCAACUGCUUCAGCAUGUUCUGCAGAGCCCUCGGAGGCCGUGUUCGUUGGGUGUGGAAUGCUGAGGAUCAUGUCUGGACUGAGGUCUAUUCCGACCACCAGAAGCGUUGGAUUCACGUUGACGCUUGCGAAGAGGCAUGGGACCAGCCCCGUCUCUACACUGAGGGUUGGGGCCGCAAGAUCUCAUACUGCGUUGCUUUCUCGAUUGACGGAGCUACGGAUGUCACCAGACGAUAUGUUCGAAGCCCGACGAGGCAUGGCGCUCCACGGAACCGUGUACCCGAGGAGGUUCUAGUUUGGUGUAUCCACGAAAUUCGGAAGAAGCGCCGCGAGAAUCUGUCCAAGACGGACCAGCGACGCCUGAUGAAGGAGGACGAACGGGAGGAGAAGGAGCUCCGUACCUACACCGCAUCCGCCCUUGCAGCCGAGCUGAACAACCUUUUCCCUCGGAACACCACCAACGGCCGCUUGGAAGACCAGAAGACCCCAGCUUCACGACAGGAUGCCUCUGUCGAGUGGCUGAACAACAGACAAAGAACCUCCGGCCAGUCAGGCCCAGAUGGCUCGCAGGACGGCCGCUAAGGAUGCGUUCCUUGAACUGUUCCCCCCCC